CCGGCUUCCGCCCGGGUUCCUCUUCCUGCCGGCGUCCGAAGCCUGUGCCCUCGGGAUCCCGCGUUCUCGGAGUUGGGAGUCCGGCGCUCGCCAUGGCUGCCCCCGACCUGUCCACCAACCUCCAGGAAGAGGCCACCUGCGCCAUCUGCCUCGACUACUUCACCGACCCCGUGAUGACCGACUGCGGCCACAACUUCUGCCGCGAGUGCAUCGGGCGCUGCUGGGGCCAGCCCGAGGGCCCCUACGCCUGCCCCGAGUGUCGCGAGCUGUCCCCGCAGAGCAACCUGCGCCCCAACCGCCCGCUGGCCAAGAUGGCCGAGAUGGCGCGGCGCCUGCACCCGCCGUCGCCGGUCCCGCAGGGCGUGUGCGCCGCGCACCGCGAGCCUCUGGCCGCCUUCUGCGCCGACGAGCUGCGCCUGCUGUGCAGCGCCUGCGAGCGCGCGGGCGAGCACUGGGCGCACCGCGUGCGGCCGCUGCAGGACGCGGCCGAGGAGCUCAAGGUGCGCCCGGGGAGGCUGGAGAAGUCACUGGAGCACCUGCGGAGACAAAUGGAGGAUGCACUGCUGUUCCAAGCCCAGGCUGAGGAGACCUGUGCCUUGUGGCAGAAGAUGGUGGAGAGCCAACGACAGAACAUGCUUGGCGAGUUUGAACGUCUGCGGCGCCUGCUGGCUGAGGAAGAGCAACAGCUGCUGCAAAGGUUGGAGGAGGAGGAGCUGGAGGUGCUGCCCCGGCUGCGGGAGGGCGCUGUGCGCCUAGGCCAGCAGAGCGCCCAGCUGGCCACACUCAUCACUGAGCUAGAGGGCCGCUGCCAGCUGCCUGCACUGGGGCUGCUGCAGGACAUUAAGGAUGCCUUGUGCAGGGUCCAGGAUGUGAAGCUGCAGCCCCCGGAGGUGGUGCCCAUGGAGCUGAGGACCGUGUGCAGGGUGCCAGGGCUGGUGGAGACUCUACAGAGGUUUCGAGGUGACGUGACCCUGGACCCGGACACCGCCAACCCUGAGCUGGUGCUCUCUGAGGACAGGAGGAGUGUACAGCGAGGUGACCUUCGGCAGGCUCUGCCUGACAGCCCUGAGCGCUUCGACCCCGGCCCCUGCGUGCUGGGCCAGGAGCGCUUCACCUCAGGCCGCCACUACUGGGAGGUAGAGGUUGGGGAGCGCAGCAGCUGGGCCCUUGGCGUGUGCAGGGACAAUGCCAACCGGAAGGAGAAGGGCGAACUGUCAGCUGGCAAUGGCUUCUGGAUCCUGGUGUUCUUGGGCAGCUACUACUCCUCCACCAAGCGGGCCUUCUCCCCGAUGCGGGACCCCCCCAGGCGUGUAGGCAUCUUCCUGGACUACGAGGCUGGACACCUCUCUUUCUACAGUGUGACGGAUGGAUCGCUGCUGUUCAUCUUCCCUGAGACUGCCUUCUCUGGCACACUGCGGCCCCUCUUCUCACCUCUGUCAAGCAGCCCUACCCCUCUAACCAUCUGCCGGCUGAAAGGCGGGUCUGGGGACGCCCUGGCUCCCCAGUGAUGUGGGCCCUCUCAGGAGUCCUUGUGCCUCUCCUGGCCCCUGUCCUGUUCCAGUCUGUUCAUAUGAGGCCCUGUGAGGAGGGAACAUUUCCUUUGAAAGAUGAGAGGAACACGUAGUGCCUUUCUGAAUGUGCUUGGGGAAACUGAAUUUGGGGCGACUAGGUAAGUGUGGGACCACGCCCCCAUGCAUGUAGCACCAGCAGCCUUCACCCUACCACAGAGCCCUGGGGUUCAGAGCCUGCCUGAGCUGCCCUGCCCCAGGGUCUUCAGGCUGCAGCCAGGUCCCCCACCCCAUGUACCCUACCUUGGUGAACACAGUGCAGAGGAGCAGGGUUUGGUUCCGUAGAUGGAAGUGCUCGUAGGAGAUGUCGCCACGCUGAAAGUGGUCACUGCAGAAGAGGACAGACAGCACCCAGCACUUCAGUCCCCCACUUUAUUUAUUGUAAGGACAGCAUUUUCCAAAUAAAAGUUGUCACCUGCUA